AUGCCCCUUCAAGGCAGUGCCAAAGCGCGCACAAGAAGUGUUUCUAAUCCAUCAUCUUGGAGGAAUCGUUCACAGCCUUCUACGCCUGUUGCUACUGUGUUUCCUGGUCUGGGUGCAUCGCAGAGUGCGCACCGCCAAGGGCUCCCAGCUUGGGAUCGGACACUUGAUGCUGUGUAUCAUGGCGCUUUUGAGAAAGCGAGUUUCGAAAAGGUGCUUAUUUCUUUCUAUGAGAACCACGCGAAAGAGAAACCAAGUUCUGGCCGUGAUGUUUGGCGCAAAGAAGACUUUGAGUCACCUUCAUCGACAUUACUGCAAAUAGCUUCUUACCUUGAAGUAUCUUUUGCAUUUCGCGCGGACUUUCUUGUCACAUUUCUGCAGAACACGAAACUACACGCCGUCUUGUCGCCAUUCACUGGACCGAGAGUAAGCCCACUUGCAACAACAUGGCUUAACAACUACGGUAUGUACGCAAACAACAUCGUCAUCGAACUCGACAUGACGCAUUUGGGCUGCGGCUCUGAUCCUGGCGCUGUAGCGCUUUCGCCAAACGUUGAGCAGAUAGAGAAACUGCUCCAAGAAUUCAUCGAUGUACAAAUGAAGCGAAAGGAGUCGUGCCCCAUGGAGAGCCUGAUUCUCCUCUGUCGACGCUUCUACGGAAAACGACCCCAAGCAGCCAUUGUCUCGCCGACUCGCGCCAUCAGUAGUCGACCAGGCUCACGCUCGGCGUCACGAUCAGCAUCGCGGAGCGCCAAGACGCCAGAGCCGUACAGUCCAACAGCGAUAACACCCCGACGAUUCAACUUCGACGAAGACGCUGGAGGCCUACGAAGCCCAACGUUUCCCGAUGCCAACAGUCCAGCCCAUCCACCUGUAGCACCUGUAGCACCUGUAGCACCUGUGGAAGAGUAUUGUCCCGACUCGUACCUCCAUUUCUGCAACAAUAUCCUGCAUCUCAAGGGUCGCAUCGGUUCAGUCCGCAUGUGCGGUUUCAGCGAGAAGUACACAGCGCCAUUCAUGGGGACGUUGUUCUCCAAUAACAGCAAGAUUACGAAGAGUUACGCAUAUCGUGUUGCGCCAUCGACGAUAUGGCCUAAACUCGUCGGCCAGAAGUCCUACGUCGAUACGGGGAAUGGAAAUCUCUCGCUCGAUGACCACGCAGUCACCGCUACCAAAGACGUCCCCAGCACCUUGCGCAUCUGGGAAGGCUGUGUACAGCUUCCUCCUCCUCAAAUCGACGCAAACGGAGAUAUGCUCCUCCCUGCCAUCGUGGGCGAUCUACAGAAGCUGAGGAGCACUCGUCAGAGAAGUGCGACUAGCUUAUCGGAGCGCACAUGCGAGGAUCUACGAAAGGAGGGCUCGAAGGGCGAUACGUUGGACAAGAGGACUAUUGCGUGGUUCAAGAGCAACUACGGAAAGGGGAAGCUCAAGAAGAAGAGAGUCUUGAGCAGAGACGCUGCUACAACGUAUUGA